UUUAAUUCCUUUCACAGUUCCCAUUGUUCAAUUUUUUUCUCCAUCAUCAAUGAAAAUGAAGUCCAUCACUUGCAGUAAUUGGCUGAAGCUUUCAGUGUUCAUGACACUGCUCUUAGCUACCUCCGCUGGUAAUUUUUACCAAGAUGCUGUCACAACUUUUGGCGAUCAACGAGUUAAGAUAGCCGAGGGUGGUCGACUUCUCUCAUUGUCCCUAGAUAAAAUAUCAGGUUCAGGGUUUCAAUCCAAGAAUGAAUAUUUGUUUGGAAGAUUUGACAUGCAACUCAAGCUUGUCCCUGGAAACUCUGCUGGCACCGUCACCACAUUCUAUCUAUCAUCUGUAGGACAGGGACAUGAUGAGAUUGAUUUUGAGUUCUUGGGCAAUGCUAGUGGGCAACCAUACACCCUCCACACCAAUGUUUACUCACAAGGAAAAGGGGAUAAAGAACAGCAAUUUAAGCUUUGGUUUGAUCCCACAACUUUCUUUCAUACCUAUACAAUAGUGUGGAACUCUCAACGUAUAAUUUUCUUGGUUGACAACAUUCCGAUAAGAGUAUACAACAACCACGAAGCCAUUGGAGUUCCAUUCCCCAAGAACCAACCAAUGAGGGUGUAUUGCAGUUUCUGGAAUGCAGAUGACUGGGCAACACAAGGUGGCCAAGUGAAGACAGAUUGGGCAAAUGCACCAUUCACAGUUUACUACAGAAACUUCAACGUCAAGGGAAAUGUUUGUGUUCCUGGAUCUCCUUGCGGUUCUGGCUCUAAAUCCACUGAUUCUCUGGACACUCAAGAAUGGGAAACUCAAGGACUUGAUGGGAAAGGACGAAAUAGAAUCCGAUGGGUUCAACAGAAGCAUAUGGUCUACAACUACUGUGCUGAUCGUAAGAGGUAUCCUCAAGGCCUUCCUGUUGAAUGCAAGCGUCCGAGGUUCUGAUCAGGAGAUCAUGGAAAAGGCUGCUGCGAGUUGAUGAAAUUAAUUCUUUGUUCGUUUUGAACAUCAAAAAUAAAAUGGUGUGUUGUUUGGUUUACCUUUUGCUCAUCACAUAUUGUUGUUGAAAUUUUUUCUUCUCAUCUUUUUCAUAAUUCAGUAA